AUGAUUGAUCCAAUGCAAGUCCUCGAGAUGGACAUUAUGAAGAAGACCACUUCUCUUCUCCCAGUUCCAACAAGCACGGCGACGGCUACUCCCUCGGUCGCCCCAAUCCCAACAGUCGUUCCUAAUGUUCCAACUUAUGAAGUUGCUGGUCAAUCAGGUCAGACAACAUUAUGGGUUGUCUUUGUGAUCAUGUUCCUCUCAACUCUUACCUUUUUCUACUUGGCUUGGAGAGUACCAGUUCAAAAACGCCUCUUCCAUGUUCUGACUGCAUUCAUCACUCUUUUCGCCACCCUCUCAUACUAUGCAAUGGCAAUUGGUGAUGGAAACGCUCUUACACACAUUGUUCUCCGAGAAGUCCACAAGCACACCCCAGAUACUGUUGAGCACGUCUAUAGACAAGUUUUCUGGGCCCGUUAUGUUGAUUGGAGUGUGACUACUCCUCUCCUCCUCCUCGAUCUCUCAUUCCUUGCUGGUCUCAAUGGUGCUAACAUCUUGGUUACCAUCGUUGCUGAUCUCGUCAUGGUUUUGACUGGUCUCUUUGCUGCCUAUCACAAUGAUGGCGCUGCCAAGUGGGGAUGGUAUGCUAUGGGAUGCGUUGCCUUCUUGGUCAUCAUCUAUCAACUUGUCAUCCCUGGCCGUCGCGCUGUUUCAAGCAAGGAUGCUAAGACCUCGAAGCUUUUCGCUGCCAUUGCAGGUUACACUUUGAUCAUCUGGACCCUUUACCCAAUCGUCUGGGGUAUUGGUGAUGGAUCCCGCACUUGGUCGGUUGAUGCCGAAAUCAUUGCUUAUGCUGUCCUUGAUGUCUUGGCCAAGCCUGUCUUUGGUCUCUGGCUCUUGUUCGCCCAUGACGGCAGUUCUUCUACUUCCGUUGAGGGAUGGUGGAGCCAUGGUUUGUCCAGCGAGGGUGCCAUCCGCAUCGAUGACGAUGAGGGUGCUUAA